CUCACCAAGAUAACAUGACCAGCAACAUUUCCGUGAGUUGUAUGUGGGCGUAAAUAAAUUUUCCACUUUAGCAAAAGCCCUACUCUCUAAUGUGACAGUUUGCCAUGGCUUCAAGAGUCCCCUGUGCAGAUAUAAACAUAUCAGAAGAUUCAUCUGGCAUUAAAAACAAAGAUGCCAUUCAGCAGGAAGAUCACCAACUCUGCCCUCCCUGGCAUCGGACUAUGCUGCAGGUUGUAUGGGCAGGAAACAUCCUUUUCCUGGUGACAGUGAUAGUGAUGCGUGCUUUGGUUGUGAAUAAAUCUCUUCAAGAACAGACUGUGGAUGCAAAUGCACAUCAAGGCAAUGAAGGAAACAACACACUGGAGACUUUCAAGUUUUUGCUAAAACAAAAUCUGUGUGAAACUUCAACAUGGACAGAGAACGGAAGUUGUGCUCUGUGCCCUGAGACAUGGCUUCUGCACAAAAACAAAUGCUACUGGUUUUCUAAUUCAUUUCAGUCUUGGGAAAAAAGCAAGGAAAAUUGUUUAACAAGGAAAUCUCAGCUAGUUGUGUUGUAUGACCAGGAUGUGAAGGAAUUCCUCCACAGUAAGGGAAUAAUAAAAAUAUGGAUUGGACUUAGUGGCCCAUUACCAGAUAAGAACACAUGGAUCUGGGUGGAUGGCUCUCCAGUGAACCAGACACUGUGAGUACUCAGAUAUCUCUGGAGGAAAGGUUUUAUAAAUCAAUAAUUUUGUAAACUCACAAGCUACAGAGCUGAAAAUUGUUGUGAUUACCAAGUCUACAGCAUUCUCAAGUGUAUAAGGAACCAGUACAUCUAACAUCUUAUGCUACUCUAUACCUUACAAAAACCAUAUAUCUGAAAGACGAGGAAGUCUCCCAAAUACUCCGCAUUUGCAAGUUGGACUUGUGUGGAUUUGAUAACAUGUGUAUUUGAAUAAAAUUUCCUUUUGAAUAAUCUUCCACCAGAAAUUGACCAGAGUCACACUGGAGGACCUACAGAGAGUAUACUGGAGAGAGUACUUCAACAAUUAUUAUACUUCUUUGUUGUUUAUUCGUUCAGUCACUUCCGACUCUUCAUGACCUCAUGGACCAGCCCAUGCCAGAGCUCCCUGUCGGCCGUCUCCACCCCCAGUUCCUUCAAGGUCAAGCCAGUCACAUCAAAGAUACCAUCCAUCCAUCUUGCUCUUGGUCGGCCUCUCUUCCUUUUUCCUUCCAUUUUCCAGCAUCAUGAUCUUUUCCAGGCUUUUCUGUCUUCUCAUGAUGUGGCCAAAGUACUUCAUCUUUGCCUCUAAUAUCCUUCCCUCCAGUGAGCAGCCAGGCAUUAUUUCCUGGAGGAUGGACUGGUUGGAUCUUCUUGCGGCAUUAUACUUGUAUCUGCUGUUGUUAAAUGGAAAUAACAGGAUCAUACAUGCUCAGAAAAAAAUUAAAAAAUUAAGAUGACUGGUUGUCCAUGAGUAGUGGGAAAAAAUCAAAAUUAUGUUUAAAUGUUUUGCUUGAGCCUGCUGGGAUUGAGCCAGAUGUCUCAAAACAUCUGAGUCCUGCAAAGGUCUUCCUAUGGCUAGGUGAUACAAAACACAGGGAAGGAGGGCACAAUGGACGGAUCAGUGUUGUAAUUACUGUAACACAACUUUACCUAUGAGAUUGUGCUAUGUAAAAUCCCAGUGUGCAAAAUGUUUUAUUUAAAAUGCUGGGUUCCAGUCUUGCUGAAUGUCUUUUCUAUGGUGAUGAUGAUGGUUGUCUUCUUCUCUCCCUAGGUUUCCAAUAUUGCACUCUGAGAAGGAUGGCUGUGGUACCUUUAAAAAGGACAGCAUCUAUUCUGAACUGUGCAGCACAGAUCUUCACUGGAUUUGUCAAAGAGACGCUAUAUUUAUUUGAAUAUUUGUAUUUAUACCUAUUGAAGAUCAAAGUGUCCAGUGAAUGGUGUCCAGCUCUUGUAUGACAAUGAUAGUAAUUCUAUACAGCAAAUGAGAGUAGUACUUUCUAGAGAUGUGUGCAAAAAGAUUUCCUUCAUUUCCUUCGUGCUAUUGUUUUGUUUCAACCAUUCAUCUACACAAAACAAAUGAAGACAUUUUCUUAGGAAAUGAGAGGUGACACGGAAAUGCUCAAUAUCUCUCCUAUGCUGACCAUGGUAAUCCUUCUCUCCCUAUGUUUCCAAUAUCACAAUCUGAGCAGGAUGGCUGUGGCACUUUGGGGGGAAAAGGCAUCUAUUCUGAUUGGUGCAACACACUGCUUCAGUGGAUUUGUCAGAGAGACUGUAUUUCUUUGAAUAUGACAUUUUCAAUGCUAUAAAAAGAAUAAAAGUCAGAUAAGGAGGGGGGGAGGAGAAGUGAGGGUAUUUAGGUUAUUGGUAGUUAAGUUUUACCCAUAUCGAUACUGUUUCAAUUUCUGGGCGGAGGCCACAAGGCCUCUUUUUCUAAAGAGAGAAGGAUAGUCCAUUUUAGAAAAGGGGGAAUUGAAGGAGGAAAACAUUUCCCCCGUUUUUGCUGGUUAUUUCCCCCUCCCCACUUCCCAUUUCAUAAACUAGGGUUGUUUCCACAACUGGGAGAUGGGUGGGGAAAAUAAGAGGAAAACAGGGGGAAAUGGUUGUAUUCCUUCAACUCACCCCCCACCCCUGUAAAAUAGACUAUCCUUCUCUCUAUAUAUCUAAAGAACUGGAAAAAAAUAUCGAAAGAGUACUGGAUAUGAGAAGAUAUGACAAGUUUUGACACUGGGUGACAAAAAGAAUGUAUCUGCUUUGCUAUAGAGAACAUUUGAAACUCUAAAAAUUUUAUAUGAUGUGUAUAACAAUACCUGUGUGGAAGAUAUGGAUGCUAACAACUGCAACAAACAUAUACGAUAUUGAGGGUGGGUCAAAAAGUAAUGCCUCCUGUGUCAUAAAAACAUUAUGAAUGAACAUAUAACAGCAGAAGUUGCUACAGAUCAUAGCCUGAAGUAUCCUCUACUACCCAAAACUACCGUUCAACAUAGUCAACAUCAAUUUGUACACAUUUGCGCCAUCGUUUAACCUUAGCAUCAAAACCAUUUUGGAAAAAUUCAAGGCCUUGCUUCGUGACCUGUGAUUUUAAAGAUGUUUUAACGUCAUUCAAGUCAUUGAAUUUGAAACUACGUAGGUUGUCUUUCAGAGGUCCAAACAGGUAAAAGUCAGAAGGAGCCAAAUCAGGACUGUAGGGUGGGUGAGGCACUACUGACCAGCCCAUUUUUGCAGUUGCCUGGGCUAUGAAAAAUGACUUGUGUGGGCAUGCAUUAUUGUGAUGAAGCUUGAUGGAACAAAUGUCUUAUAGUUGUCUCUUCUUUCUUAUUGCCUCCUUAAGUUUCUUAAGUGUGAUUGCUUAGUUUUCGCUGUUGAUUGUGGCACCAUGUUGCAGAAAAUCAACAAGAAUAACAUCCUGUGUGUCCCAAAAUACUUUUAUCAUAACCUUCUGUGCUGAUCUGGUAGACUUAUCACUGAAGAAGUGGAAGGGGUUUGGGAAGUGGAUAUCCCAAGUCAGCAAUGAUUCCUUGGGCAGAGUCAUAUGCGAUGUUCAAUGCAUCAGCAACAUUCUGAACUGUAAUGCAUCAGUCUCCUUGAAUCAAUUCAUCAGCACAUUCUUGAUUUGCAUCUGUGACUGAUGUUGUCAGUCCGCCGUUUCUCAGUUUAUCUGCAAUUUCCUUUUUCCAUUUUCAAACUUCUUCACGCAACGCCAGACAUUGCUGAUGUCCAUUAUAGUGUCCCCCUAAAUAUUCUUCAAGCAAUUAUGGAUUUCCUUAGGUACACAUCUUCUUUUGCCAGAAAUUUAAUGACAACUCUUUUUUUAACCUUCAGAUUCACAGUUCUCAUCAGUCAAUAUGAAAAAGAAAUUACUAUAUCAGUAAAGUUACGUUGCAUAGAUAGUCCAGUAGCUGUGAAAGAUAUAAAAGUUAGAGUGAUGAAGGCAUUACUUUUUCACCCACUUCCCAAACCCCUUCCGCCUCUUCAGUGAUACAGCAGCUAUUUAUAUAACUCUAGAGCUCCUUCACCCUUUUUAUUUUUAUCCCUUUUAAUGUAUGUGGACAAUAUUAUGUUUCUAUUUUCAAGGUAUAAUAAUAAAAACUAUUAUCAAAUAAUUAUAAAAAUAAACGGGAGUGACAUGUGUGCAGAUGCUUCAAUAUUUCCAUGUUCACUUCACUGCCAUUUUAAAUCAUGGAUCAAGAGAGCUCAUUAUACCCAAUCCAUAUAAAAGAUGCAAUACAAACAAAGACUUAACAGAAGAGGAUUCUAUGAGGUCAAAGUUCUGGAUGCCCCAUGGCAAGAUAUGGAAGUCACCCCACCCUCAGUCUA